AUGAACGAUACCAGUGUUGAAGAAACAAAGGCUGCCUCGCCCCCCUCACCUCCUCACCAGUUGUUUGGACUAUCAAUUAGCGAGCAACAAGAAGGAGGUGGCAAGACAUCAAAUGGGCGAAUUGGAAGUUCCGCGGCCUUUACACGUCUUUCUCGCCUCGCAUGCGUUCACCCUCGAUCACCCUCAUGUCUUCAUUUGGAUGUCAUUAUUACCCCUAGUCUAGGAUUCACUCAUGAGUCCCUGACAAACAUAAAGCCUCACAAGGCUCGUAUAGCGACGAGGGCAGCAAGUCCUUAUUUUUCUGGCUUGAACAGGUUGUACGUAGGCCACAGCCCAUUCAGGCAUAUCAUCAUUCGGUGGUAUGGUAUGGCUUAG